AUCCCCUGGAGGGAGGGCGGCCGAGCACACAUACUCAGUUGCCUGUGGUUCCCUCACAGGGCUCCUCAUCCGCCGCAGUGCACCGACACACACGUUAUUCAGCUCAGUGUAGGACUAUCACAAAGGUGAUAGUGAGACCGUGUUAUAUAUAGCAAGGACAAGAUACAGCUGGCCAAGAAAGAAGGCACUGUCAUAGUUGAGAGGAGUUAGUGUUGCAGUCACUUGCCCACAACACCACCACCGUCAUCAGCUUCUCCCGAACGAGACGGCCACCAAGCAACUUCAAGUUAAUACUGUUGAAAGAGGAGUUCUCGUUCGUAUUAAUUUGUUAACCGUGAGGUCCAUAAAAACACUACGGCUGUGAAGAUUACAAUCAUGACACAACAUAAUGUGUGGGUGUUGGGUGUGACUUUGUGUGUAGUAGUGGGCGUGGUGGUGUCCGUAGGGCCCAGAUCACCGGGCGUAAUACGGACAGCCACAGAGGGAAGUGUUGCCAAGGAAGGACGUAUCAGUUACGCCGCCAACCAAGAAGCCCCCGACACUGCUGUCCUGCAUGAACUACGCACCAUUACCGACCUCAUACUCAGAAUACAGAGACAAGACUCAAAAGUGAAGGCGUCAUCUCCCCCGCCAGUAGUACAGGACUGUUCGACACUGCACCAUGCUGGAGUCAAGGGUAGCGGAGUGUACCAGGUGUUCCCCUUCACCUUCCAAGUCUACUGCGAGAUGGAGACAAACGGAGGCGGCUGGACCGUCAUACAGCGACGGCAGCCCCAGGAUGUGCAGCAGAACUUCGCUCGGGAUUGGGCAGACUACCGACAAGGAUUUGGCCAACUGGAUGAAGAAAUGUGGAUAGGCUUGGAGGCACUGCACCAACUCACCUACAGCGCCUCCUACGAGCUCAGGGUGGACAUGGUCGACUAUCAACUCGGACCCAAAUACGCCCAUUACAAG